CGGGACCAACAAAGCAAUAGCCAACCAAUGAGAAUAUUUCAGAUUAUUUAUUCGUGAGAACAGCUUUAUAAAUGUGUAUUUUCUGCCAUUUCAAAUAUUGUUGACUUCUCAGCUUGGAGAUCUGUAAGAAUGUACUUGGCGGUGUUCACGUUGUGCCUCAGCGCCGUUUUGGCUGCCCCUAGCUUUGAUCGGGAACUUGAUGAGCAUUGGGACCUAUGGAAGUCUUACCACACUAAAGGAUAUCAUGUGAAGGAAGAAGGAUGGAGGCGCAUGGUGUGGGAGAAGAACCUGAGAAAGAUUGAAAUGCACAACCUUGACCACUCCAUGGGCAAACAUUCUUACCGUCUAGGAAUGAACCAUUUCGGUGACAUGACCCACGAGGAGUUCAGGCAGGUCAUGAACGGCUAUAAACAGAAGGCACAGACAAAGCCCAGGGGAUCCCUGUUCUUGGAGCCCAACUUUAUUGAACUCCCCAAAAAGAUUGACUACAGGGAUCUGGGAUACGUGACUCCAGUGAAGGAUCAGGGAGAGUGUGGCUCUUGCUGGGCCUUCAGCACCACCGGAGCCAUGGAGGGCCAGCUCUUCAGGAAGUCUGGCACGCUAGUGUCCCUGAGCGAGCAGAACCUGGUGGACUGCUCCCGGCCGGAGGGCAACGAGGGCUGCAAUGGCGGGCUCAUGGACCAAGCCUUCCAGUACGUCAAGGACAACGGUGGCCUGGACUCUGAGGAUGGCUACCCCUACCUUGGCACUGAUGAUCAGCCCUGCCACUAUGAUGCCAAGUACAACUCUGCCAACGACACUGGCUUUGUGGAUGUGCCCAGUGGCAAGGAGCGGGCACUGAUGAAGGCCGUCGCUGCCGUUGGGCCUGUGUCCGUGGCCAUUGACGCUGGUCACGAGUCCUUCCAGUUCUACCACUCCGGUAUUUACUAUGACAAGGAGUGCAGCAGCACUGAGCUUGACCAUGGUGUUUUGGUAGUUGGCUAUGGUUUUGAGGGUGAAGAUGUCGAUGGCAAGAAGUACUGGAUUGUUAAGAACAGUUGGAGUGAGAAGUGGGGUGACGCGGGCUACAUCUACAUGGCCAAGGACCGGAAAAACCACUGCGGCAUCGCCACGGCAGCCAGCUACCCACUCAUGUAGAGAGUUCACGGAUCACACCGCCACCUUUUACCAAUUUUUAAGGACCCCUAAUGUGUCCUGCCUGGCUUGCUCAUGAAGAUCAGUGUUUGACAUUUUUUUUAAGUGGAUAUAUAUGGGAGUUCUGUUCAAAGGUGUUGGACUGAGGUGCACUAUGUAAGGGAAUAGCAGACCAUUUGAGAUGUGAACUACAUGUUUUGUGCUACAGCCUUGAAGGCUGCUGUUUGAGUCAAAGCCCUGCAGGUUACUGUGAGGGUUGAUAUCUGAAAAAAAAACUCUGUUUAUUGAGGGAAUUCACAUUCUUUUCGAUCAUUUUCUGCUACAUUGAAUUUUAGGUUUUAUAAAUUGUUUGUGUAAAUAUGUGUACUUCAUAUUUCAGAAGUGUCUUUUAUCUGUCUUAGGCCUGUGUAUGACUUGAUUUUUUUUUUUUUCUACCUCCUAGCACGGUCGAUUAAAAGUUUUAAAAACUUCA